GUUGCGUAGGAUCCACCGCACGUCACGUCGCAGUUACCCACAUUUGGGCCGAUGGCGCCGGCACAGCGCUGCGCGCUGUGCCGUCAGACCUUCUUCUGUGGUCGCGGCCACGUCUACAGCCGCAAGCACCAGCGGCAGCUGAAGGCGGCUUUGGACCGGCUCCUACCCCAGGUGGAGGCCGCUCGCAGGGCCAUCCGCACAGCUCAGGUGGAGCGUUACAUGCCCGAGCACGAUCGGUGCUGCUGGUGCCUGUGUUGCAGCUGUGAGGUGCGGAAGCACCUAAGUCACGGAAACCUGACAGUGCUGCACGGGGGGCUGCUGGAGCACCUGGCCAGCCCAGAGCACAAGAAAGCAACCAACCGAUUCUGGUGGGAGAACAAGGCUGAGGUUCAUAUGAAAGAGAAGUUUCUCAUCUCCCCUCAAGAUUAUGCACAAUUCAAGAAAUCCAUGGUGAAAGGUUUGGAUUCUUAUGAGGAGAAAGAGGAUGAAGUGAUCAAAGAGAUGGCAGCUCAGAUCCGUAAGGUGGAGCACAGCCAGCAGGAGGUGGUUCGAUCCGUUUUAGAGCCUCAGGCAGUGCCAGACCCAGAAGAGGGCUCUUCGGCACCUGGAAGCUGGAAAGGGACUAACAGCCAAGUAGCACCUACCUCACAGAGACCCUCAUACUUGGACCUGCCACCAGCCCAAGAGCUUGACUGGAUGGACACAGGACAACCUCUGACAUUCAUUGGCCACCAGAGGGAAACCCUGAUGUGUGAAACAUCUACCAGUUGCCUCUUGCACACAUACCUCCAACUGGGAACCUGGCCUACAACCCAGGACAUACCAGGAGUUGGCAACAUCCACUCAGGAGUCACACCUCCCUGGGUGGUCCAAGAUGAGGAAUUUAGCUCUGGGAAUCAACAAAUAGGACCCUCCUAUGAAGAAUUUCUCAAAGAAAAGGAAAAACAGAAAUUGAAGAAACUGCCCCCAGACAGAGUUGGGGCCAACUUUGAUCAUAGCUCCAACACCACUGCAGGGUGGCUGCCCUCUUUUGGCCGGGUCUGGAAUAAUGGACGCCGCUGGCAAUCCAGGCAUCAAUUCAAAGUUGAAGAUGUAGCAAGGAACAAACAGCAGUCACACAAAGAAAAAAACUAAUGGUUUCCUGGUAGUUUUGCAACAACCACAGUCAGCAAACCCACACCUGCUAUUAUUCCUUGUAACUGCUUCUCUUAGGAAACACACACACCCACUACUGGUUUAAUAAAGUUUUAUUUUUCAAAAUGUA